UCAUUAUUGUGUCAGCUUCAAUAAAGAACAAAAAAAACUGGGCCUCUAUUUAGCGCAUAUUAAUUUCAAACCCAUUUCAUAAUUUACUCUUAAUAACACGUUCACAAAACAAUUCGCAGUCGUUUUUUACAUUUUCGAGAGCAAGCGCCUGUUCCUAAUUUUUAUUUCGCUCCGAAGUAGUUCAAGUGCGCCCGUUUUCCGCUUAAAUUUUAUUGCCUUGCGUUUAAAAUGCAGUGUAAACUGUUUGGAUGCUUUAUCUUGCUUGCAGUUUUGUGCAUUCUGCAUGCAUCAACGUUGGAUGAUGAAACCGAAAUUGGUAAUGCAACUGCGGCAAUCCGCGGCACAGAAACGCCCAGGACGCUCAGACAGGGCAGAAAAAAGAAGAUGGCUAGGUUAAUUAAGAAGCAUUUAAAACGGCUGCGAAAAGAAGAGGGCGGUAUUAAAUUAGUCGGCGGUCGCGGCGAAUACGAGGGAAACGUAGAAGUGCUCCACGAAGGUCAAUGGGGUGCAAUCUGCGACGACGAAUGGGACGCCAUUGAGGCGCAGGUGAUCUGCAAACAACUGGGCUACACAGGAAUACCGAAAGCCACGCAUAAUUCAUUCUUUGGCUCACCCAAACGGAAAUAUUGGAUGGAUAACUUGUAUUGCGACGGCAGCGAGGAGGAAAUUACCAAGUGUCGUUUCGACGGAUGGGGUCAGAGCGAUUGCGACGCCACUGAGGCAGCUGGCGUGAUUUGUCAGCACGUGCCAACAAACGAAAACGAAAUUGAAGAAAAUAUCACCAAAAAGAAACCAACCAUGGCAAAAUUACCAACUUUACAAGUUCGUCUACAAGGUGGAAGAAUAGCAACUGAAGGACGAGUAGAGGUCAAAACAGCAAACAAUGAAUGGCACACAAUUUGUGGACAAGGAUGGUCCUUGCUUGAAGCAAUGGUUGUUUGUAGGAGUCUUUCAUUUGGUUAUGCAAGCGACGCAUUACAAACAGAUUAUUUUGGUGGUAACAUAACCUCAAGUACCUUUACCGGUAUCAAAUGUAAUGGCGAAGAAAAUGCAUUAAGUCAAUGUAUGCACGAUGUAUCCGCGCGGGGUAGUUGUGAAGUACAGGACGUAGCGGCUGUUUAUUGCACAGACAAAAUGGCUGACCUUGUCAUAGACCAUCUGGAACUGAUGCGCACCUCACAUUUGGAAGAUAGGCAAAUGUAUUUCUUGCAAUGCGCCAUGGAAGAAAACUGCCUCGCAUCACAAGCAUACGUCAUACAGAAAGAGACAUCUAAUUGGCAUCUCGAAACUCGUCGCCUGCUAAAGUUCACCGCGAGAAUACUAAACGCAGGCACAGCGGACUUUCGCCCGGCCAUUCCGAAGCAUCUCUGGGAAUGGCACAUGUGUCACAUGCACUAUCACAGCAUGGAAGUAUUCGCGACGUUUGACAUUUACGAUAAGAAUAUGGUGCGCGUGGCUGAAGGCCACAAAGCAUCGUUUUGCUUAGAAGACAAUCAAUGUAUGCCAGGCGUAAAGCCACGGUAUGCAUGUGCCAAUUAUGGAGAUCAAGGAAUAUCAGUCAACUGCACUGAUAUCUACAAGUAUACUGUAGAUUGUCAAUGGGUGGAUAUUUCUGACAUUGAGCCAGGAGUUUACACUUUGAAAGUGGCUGUUAAUCCGGAGUUUAAGGUGCCGGAGAUGACGUUUGAGAAUAACGCUGCGUACUGCCAAUUCUACUAUGGGGAAACCAGUGGGACCAUUACUAAUUGCACCGUGCAAAGGCCGUAACAAAUAAAAACUUUUAUACUUACUAGCUGUUAUGUUAAAUAAAGGAACGCUGCAAACUUUUA